AAAGACACGUUGGAGCAAACGUAAGUAUCUCUUUAUUCUAUUAGAUAUAUUAGCUUAGGUAAGUUUUAUGUACAAAAUAGUCCAGGUAACGUACACUGAGAAAAUAUCUUAACGUUUUGAAUUUUGACUUCGAUGUUCCGUAUAGCUUGUUCGAAGUCUUUGAUGGUUACUAUGCAGCAACACAACACCUGCAGCUGUUCGCCUUCUUUAAAGUUAAAUUGGACUUUUUUCCCCAGUUUGAAGUCUCUCUAGCAAAAUGGCUCAUGAAGGCAUUGUCCUCAUUAUAUCCAUCAUCUCUGCGACCGCGUUUUUGGGCAACACUUUCGUCAUAUAUGUUCUCAUUCGCCGUCGAAGGACGUUUCUCACAAAACCUUACAGUAUCUUCAUUUUGAACUUGGCUAUCGUUGACUGCCUCACCGCGAUAUUUCUAGUCUUCAGUCGUUUUGUGUACCUUCCUCCAAUGCCCGUAACCAGCCAAGUUGCCUCGGAAUUAUAUUGCAAAAUAAUCUGGCCUCCCUCGAUGCCCUUCGCGCUCGGCUUCAUUUCAGUCUACACGUGCCUUUUCCUAUCUUUUGAACGAUGGUUGGCAGUCGUGAAACCGCAAGUGUACCGUUCCUUGAAUCGCCGCCACGCGAUCCUCGCCGUUAUCCUCGUUUGGCUCUGGGGAGCGGCAUUGAGCAGCUCGACGGUGUCCCGAGUGAAGUUCGAUGAGGAAACAAAGAAAUGCAAAUGGUCUCGUCUUCCUAUAGGUCAUGCCGAAAUGACUUGGAUAGAUUUCACUACCCAGACACUCCUACCAAUGUCCACAAUAGUGGCGCUCUACUCUCAUAUGUACUACACCUUGAAGAAGCUCCCAAAUCACACUUGUGAACGUGAGAGCAGAUUGAGAAGGGUGACCUUCGUUGCUCUGGCGGCCUGCACUGCCCUCAUUGCGGGCUGGCUCCCCUCACGUAUCACGUUCAUGAUGUCAAAGUACGAUGUAAUCUCAGCGCACAGCCCCAUUACCCUCACAUGUGCGACAUUCGCUUUUCUAAACAGCUGUGUCAACCCCUUUCUUUACGGCAUAUACAGCUCAAAGUUCAGACAAGAAUACAAAAUGGCUUUCGGAAGGUUGGCUUGUGGUUCGCUUCCACCGCCUCGGCGCAUUUUAGUAGUAGGGAAUGCGACCAACGAGAUUUCAUGA